CUUCUUCUGAAGCACAUGAACCAUGAAAACGUCAUCGGGCUCCUGGAUGUCUUCACCCCUGCCUCUUCCCUCCGAAACUUCCACGAUUUCUACCUGGUGAUGCCCUUCAUGCAGACUGAUCUGCAGAAGAUCAUGGGGAUGGAAUUCAGCGAAGAUAAGGUCCAGUACUUGGUGUACCAAGUGCUCAAAGGGUUAAAGUACAUUCACUCAGCUGGUGUCGUCCACAGGGACCUGAAACCAGGCAACCUGGCAGUGAAUGAAGACUGUGAGCUGAAGAUCCUGGACUUUGGGCUGGCUCGGCAUGCAGACCCCGAGAUGACCGGCUAUGUGGUGACCCGCUGGUACCGGGCCCCUGAGGUGAUUCUCAGUUGGAUGCAUUAUAACCAAACAGUGGACAUCUGGUCUGUUGGCUGCAUCAUGGCAGAAAUGCUAACGGGAAAGACACUAUUCAAGGGGAAGGACUACCUGGACCAGCUGACCCAGAUCCUGAAAGUGACCGGGGUGCCAGGUGCCGAGUUUGUGCAGAAGUUGAAAGACAAGGCGGCCAAAUCCUACAUCCAAUCUCUGCCCCAGAGUCCCAAGAAGGAUUUCACCCAGCUGUUCCCACGUGCCAGUCCCCAAGCCGCAGACCUGCUGGACAAGAUGCUGGAGCUGGAUGUGGACAAGCGUCUGACAGCCGCUCAGGCACUUGCUCACCCCUUUUUCGAACCCAUCCGUGACCCCGAGGAGGAGACGGAGGCCCAGCAGCCUUUUGCUGAUGUCUUAGAACAGGAGAAGCUCACCGUGGACGAGUGGAAGCAGCACCUCUUCAAAGAGGUCUCCAGCUUCAGUCCCAUCGCCCGGAAGGACUCUCGGCGACGGAGUGGCAUGAAGCUGCAGUGA